AUGUCGUCGACAUCCACUGCAGCAGGCGCUUCGGCGUCAACGCGAAGCUACCAUGCUAACCCCACCUGGAAGUCCAAGAAGGAGGCACAGCAAGUCGACUACCCAUCCAAGGAAGCCUUCCAAUCGGUCAUGGACAGGAUCGAGCGUCUGCCGGGCCUCGUCUCACCCAACGAGAUCGACCGUCUCCGAUCGCAGCUAGCCUCUGUCGCAGAGGGCAACGCCUUCCUACUCCAGACCGGCGACUGCGCAGAGCUCUUUGACUACUGCAAUCCGGAACAGAUCCAAGCCAAGCUCAAACUCUCGCUACUCAUGAGUCUCAUUCUCAUCUGGGGCGCUCGCAAGCCAGUCGUUCGUAUCGGUCGUAUUGCUGGUCAGUACGCCAAGCCGCGCUCCAAGCCUACCGAGAUCAUCACCAAGGUCGACCCUGCUACGGGCGAGACGUCCAAACACGAGAUCAUCUCGUUCCGCGGCGACAACAUCAACGCUUUUAGCCCAGAGCCGGCAAGUGGACGCAUUCCAGAUCCUGAACGCCUGCUCCAGGCCUACUUCCACUCCGCAGCUACACUCAAUCAUAUCCGCUCCGAAUUGGCCAGCGGUCUGGCCGACCUCCACGCUCCCCGACAGUGGUCCUUCCAACACGUCCAGUCCAGCGCACUCCAAGCCGAGUUCGAAUCGGUCGUCGACUCGCUGACGGACGCACUCGACUUUAUGAAAACGAUUGGAGCGGAUCCCAGCACCUUUGCCUCUAGCAGCGUACUCAACUCGGUCGACUACUUUAUCAGCCACGAAGGUCUCUCGCUUGCCUACGAGGAAGCCCUGACGAGGCUGGUACGUAAGCCGACAACAGCCAAUCCUCACGCAGCUCGCAACGUCCACCCCUCGGACGUGCCCGAUAUCAAAGACGACUUCGAGCGAUACGAUUUGUCGGCGCAUACUAUUUGGCUCGGUGACAGGACAAGACAGCUUGAUGGCGCACACGUCGACUUCUUCUCCUCCAUUCGCAACCCAGUUGGCAUCAAGGUCGGUCCGUCCAUGAAGCCGGAGGAGCUGAUCCAGAUCCUGGAUGUCCUCAACCCGGAUGUCGCCAUUCCCGCAUCUGCUUCGUCUGGCCGUGCGAGUGGCUGGUCGACGCCCAGCGGUGCAUCGAACGUCGUCUACGGCAAGGAGAAAGGUCGCGUUAUGGUCAUCAUCCGUCUCGGUGCCGGCAAGGUCGCUUCGCAUCUGCCACCAUUGCUCGAGGCCAUCGCAGCCAGCAACCACAAAGACUCGAUCAUUCUCCUUUGCGAUCCUAUGCAUGGCAACACACAGACCAGCCCUUACCCGCCUGCGUCCUCCGAUCCCAAUGCGCAGCCGCUCAAGACUCGCUCGUUUGGCGACAUCAUCUCCGAGAUCCUCUCCUUCCUUCAGAUCAUCUCGUCCGACUUCCCGACUCUCCACCUCGGCGGUGUUCAUCUCGAGUUGACAGGCGACAAGGACGUCACCGAGUGCUUCGGAGGCUCGAUGCGCUUGGAGCCAAAAGAUCUCGAGCGCGGCUACAAGAGUCACUGCGACCCUAGGCUCAACUUUGAACAGUCGCUCGAUGUCGCUUUCCUGCUUUCGCACUACUUCCGCAACCAGCGUCUGGUCGGUAAGGCGAGAGGAGGCGCGAGGACUGAGGAGGAGAUCCAGAAGCAGCAGGCUAUCAUUGCGUCUGGCUCGGGCGACGAGCUGCUGGCUGAGCUGAUCUGUGGGAUCACCAACCGUCCUCAGUCGUCGUGA